CACCUCCUCCGUUGCACCACCUUUUUAGGGGCAGCCACUUAUACUCCCAUACCUCUGAAGAUCCCAUCGCUGGCCGUUUCUAUUUCGAGUUUCAACCAAGGCCCUUGGUAGCGGUUUCUGCUGCGCGCACAGCGCAGCCCUUCGGUUGGAAGUCGCUUUAGGACAGAGUAAGCGGGCUACGCUCUCCUAAAACAAGCUUGUCACUAUGGCAUCGUCGCUCGCUGCGGCCUGUGGCGGCUCUGACGUCAUCGUUCCCGCUCGUGCGCAACCGUUUUCUUCGCGAUGCUCGCACUCGUCGCCGUCGGCCAUCGCAAUAGCUCAGGGACGUCGCACGCUGCCUGACGCCUGUCGCAGAACGAGUUUCUGGGGAUCUCGAGAUUCGUUCGAGACCAAGAAAUCUCCUAAUACCAAGAUCCCAAAUUUCGGGCGCCAUGCGGCUAGAUUGACGGUGGCGCGCGCGGAGGGUGAUGGCGCAGCGGAGACCGGCGGAACGGGAGCGGGAGGGGCUGGCAGGGCCGCUUCUGGAGCGGCAGCGUCGAGCGACUCGUUCCUGGGGAUGUGGAAGCGCGCGCAGGAGAAGGAGCGCGAGGCGGUUCGAGAGGCCGAGGCGCGGAAACGCGCGGAGGAGCAAGGCGCGGCGGCGCAAGCGCAGGGGCAACCGCAGGCGCAGCAGCAAGGGCAGGAGAAGCAAGCGGAGAAGAGCGUGGACGAGCUGAAGCAGCUCGAGGCGCAGUUCCUCCAAAUCCUCGAGGUGCCCAAGGAAGUCCGCCAGGAGGCGGAGCGGAAAGCAGUAGUCGACAGGGCCGCGGCGGCGCUGGCGGCGGCGCGCGCGCUGCUGGUGGAGACGGAGGAGCGCGCGCGCAAGGAGCGGCAGGCGUCCAGGGGUAGACGGCUGGCGGGCGCGGGGGACGCGGGGGCGACGAGUAGCGUCUGGGGCGGCAAGUCCUUGUCUGUAGUGAAGGAAAAGGGCGGGAAGAAGGGCGGGGAGGGGAAGGGGGGGGCAGGAGGGGCACCGGUAGCUGCAGCACCAGUGAGUGGAACGGGUGCAGCAGCAACAACAGCAGCAGCAGCAGGAGGAGCAGGGGGAGGAGGAGGAGGAUUAGGGGGCUUGUGGAAAGCCAUUCCUAGCCGCGCUAAAAAGACUUCUCCCUCCUCCUCCUCCUCCUCCUCCUCCGCCUCAGUCGAAGCGGUGGCAACACCAACAGCGAAGCCCGCUCCCGCUGCCAAGCAGCAAUCUUCAGGUGCUUCUUCAGGUGCUUCCAGCAGUCCAGGCCCCAGCUUCUGGGAGUGGGCCCCUCCGUCCGAAAGCACUCCUGCCCGUGGUGCGGCUGCUAGUCCCCCCAAGCUGCAGCCCGCUGCCCCUAAACCUGCCCAGCGGGCCACAGUGACCAUAGCCGACCCCCAACCGCAGCUGCUGGAAGCCCUGCUGCUGCCCUUUGAGAGCGCCGUCGCCCCCACCAAGCCCGCCAAUGCUGGUGACGCUGGUGGCAGCGCUGGCGGGAUUGGCGGGGCUGGUGGUGCUGGUGGUGCUGGCGCUGGUGGUGCGGGUGCAUCUGCUGCGAGUCCGACUUCUGUAGCGUCGGCAGCUGCGCUUGAUCUCGCUUCCUCCUUCCUCAACCUCCCCUCCUCCUCCUCCUCGUCCGACUUGGGUCUUCCUCCUCUCCAGUCCGCCCUCGAGGCUCAGCGCGGGAUCAAAGAGGCUCUCCAAGCCGUCUUUGCUUCGGACGCUGCCGAGCCUGCAGUCGACGGAGCUACGGUGGCUGCGGACGGGUCGCGGUGGUGGAAGGAGACCGGGACGGAGGUUCGGGAGGGCGGGGAGGUGUGCGAUUGGACGGUGGUGCGGGGGGUGAGUGCGGAUGGGAAGGUGGAGUGGGAGGAGAAGUGGUGGGAGGCCAGUGAUGAGUUCGACUUCAAGGAACUGGGAGCGGAGAAGUCGGGCCGGGAUGCCAACGGGGGGGUUUGGCGGGAGACAUGGAGAGAGGCCACGUGGCAGGACUCUAAGACUGGGCUGAUGCACAUUGAGAAGACGGCGGACAAGUGGGGGCAGAACGGGCAGGGCGGCGCUUGGCACGAGAAGUGGUGGGAGCACUACGACGCGACGGGGCGGGCGGAGAAGUGGGCUGAUAAGUGGAGCAAGAUUGAUAUGUACACGCCGCUGGACGAUGGGCAUGCGCACGCAUGGCACGAGAGGUGGGGGGAGGAGUACGACGGCAGGGGAGCGGCGUCCAAGUGGUGUGACAAGUGGGCGGAGCGGUUUCAGGGCCACGACGGGUACGGGCAGGAGCAGUGGACCAAGUGGGGUGACAAGUGGGAUGAGAAGUUCAACCGCGACAAGACGGGGUUCCGCCAGGGGGAGACCUGGUGGCAGGGCGCAGGGGGCGACGACGCGCCGCGGUGGAACAAGGUUUGGAGCGAGGGGCACGACGGGUCCGGGUGGGUGCAUAAGAAGGGGGGGGCCAGCAGCGGGGAGGGAUGGGAUGUGCGCGAGUGGAUGGACACUUGGUUCGACGCGUUCCCGCACUUUGGGUUCAAGCACUGCCUGGAGAACUCGAGGCGGUUGAUGGAGGUGGGGAGGAGGCAGGCGAGGAAGAAGCAGAUGUAAGGGGGAGGGGGAGAGGGUGGGAGAUGGGUGGGGAUUGCGUUGGACUGUAGCCCUUGCCGCACUUGGGGUUCAAGCAGUGCAUUGAGAACUCAAGGCAGCUGUUUGGGGUGGGGAGGAGGCAGGCGAAGCAAGAGCGAAUAGUCCAGUGGAUGCUCCGGUCUGGUGGAUGGGGCGGUCUGGUGGAUGCUCCGGUCUGGUGGAUGGGGCGGUCUUGACUCCGGUGGUCAUGUGGCAGGCGAGAAGGCAUUUGCAUUGUGGCAUGGAGUGGUGCACCCUGCUUGCACGCCUCUGUGAACAUGCUGUUGGAUGCACAUCUGGUUGUGAUGAGGGUAUGUUGGAUGGCUGGUUGGAGAGGUACACGUUGAUUGCGCAUGACUACAACAGUUUUUUAUAUUUCUGUGCAUCCUAAUGUGAUGCAGUGCACUGUGUUACUGCAUAUACAACUGGUUUUCUAG